UUGUCAUUAUUACUGCCCCGAUUCGAGCCCGCCCCGCCGCCCCUGAGGUCGAUAAAAGCCUGGUAGGUGGGAGCAGCCACCUCGCUACUUUCUAGAUAGCCAAACAGAUCCAAAGUUACCUUUAAGUGUUCCCUUCCGAGUUGCCAAACACCAUAAACCCUAAUCCGACCAUCUACUCACAGUCCUUCGUCCACAACUUUUUGCAGGCUGAAAAGCCCAAUCUCCGAAUCAUCUCGAAACGCUAGCCGCCCGAUGUCUUCCUCCGGGCAGCCCCAGUUCCGCUACACGCAGACUCCUUCAAAGGUGCUGCAUCUGCGCAAUCUCCCCUGGGAGUGUACAGAGGAAGAGCUCAUCGAGCUCUGCAAGCCCUUCGGCAGGAUCGUCAACACCAAGUGCAAUGUUGGCGCUAACCGUAAUCAGGCCUUCGUUGAAUUUGUAGAUCUUAAUCAAGCCAUUUCAAUGGUUUCAUAUUAUGCUUCAUCUUCAGAUCCUGCCCAGGUUCGCGGUAAAACAGUUUAUAUUCAAUAUUCAAAUAGACAUGAAAUUGUCAACAACAAGAGUCCAGGAGAUGUUCCUGGAAAUGUUUUGUUGGUGACCAUAGAGGGGGUAGAAGCGGGUGAUGUGAGCAUUGAUACGAUUCACUUGGUGUUUUCUGCUUUUGGUUUUGUGCAUAAAAUUGCUACUUUUGAAAAGGCUGCUGGUUUUCAGGCAUUGAUCCAAUUCAGUGACGCUGCAACGGCAUCUUCAGCAAGGAAUGCACUAGAUGGAAGAAGUAUACCCAGGUACUUGCUGCCGGAUCGCAUCAGUUCUUGUCACCUGCGCAUAUCAUAUUCUGCCCACACUGAUCUGAAUAUUAAAUUCCAGUCCAACCGAAGCAGGGAUUAUACAAAUCCUUAUCUUCCUGUAAAUCAAACUGCAAUUGAGGGAGUAAUGCAGCCUGCUUUAGGUCCUGAUGGAAAGAAAAAAGAACCUGAGAGUAAUGUGCUGCUUGCUUCGAUUGAGAAUAUGCAAUAUGCUGUCACUGUGGAUGUUCUUCACACGGUGUUCUCUGCAUUUGGUACUGUCCAAAAAAUUGCUACAUUUGACAAGAACGGUGGAAUGCAGGCUCUGGUUCAAUAUCCUGAUGUCACGACUGCAGCUGUUGCCAAAGAUGCUUUAGAAGGUCAUAGCAUUUAUGAUGGUGGCUAUUGUAAGCUUCAUCUAUCAUUCUCUCGUCAUACUGAUCUCAAUGUAAAGGCUCACAGUGACAGAAGUAGAGAUUACACAGUCCCAGAAUCAGGUUUGCUGCCAACACAAGCCUCAGGCCUCCCCGGUGCUCCGACAGUUUGGCAGAAUCCUCAGGCUGCCCCCAUGUUUUCUGGGAAUGAGUAUACUGCUGCAGCUGCUGGGCAAGGACAGGUGCCGGCAGGACAAUUGCCAUCAUGGGAUCCAGCCAUGCAGGCAGGCAGGCAAACCUUUGUGUCGGUUCCCAGCACAUUUCCUGGUCAAACAUUUCAUGCGCCCUCUGUUUCUGCAUAUGCUACUGCAGCUACUCCACCCGGUCCAUCACUAAUUGUCCAAAGCAGCCAGACUACCCCUGGCGUGGCUUCCAUGAGAAUGGCUCAGCCAGUGGUUUCACCAAAUGUGCGACCUAGUAGUGCUUCCCGUGUCGGUCAGCCUCCUUAUUAUGGUCGGUGAGUUGAAUCUGUUACUCUUUACUUUCAAGCAGUUCGUGCAUCAAAUUCUUUUCCGAUCUUUGAAAAGAUGCGUCUCUGAAAUGCAAUAUCCUGGAAUUCAAGCUGUCUCGACUCUUUGUAAGUUUUUUGUCUUUUUUCGCAUUGACUGGACAAUGUCACCUUGUGUCUUGUGUUUCGAGUUCUAAAUGAAGCAUUGCAAUUUUGCUUGGAAAUUGUAUACUUUCUGAAAGAAGUGAAUGGAUUGUAAAUAACAAUGUCAGUCUAUCUUACUCAAUUAAGCUUCAACUCUA